AUGGACCUCUUCCUCUACAACGACACCCAUCGCCUGUGGAUCUGUGGUCCCUGUGGAUUCGCCGUGCGGCCCGCCCAUCUCGCCGCCCACCUGGCCAACCGCCAUCCCAAGCAUCCCUCCGCGGCCACCCCGGCCCUCCGCCGGGCCGCCUGUGCCCUGAUGCUCAAGCGGCCCUGCUGGGACCCCGCGCGGGAGCCUGACCGUCCGGUCCCGCCGCCCCCCGGCCCCGGGGAGUCCGCCGGUCCCGGGGCUCCCCGUCCACCCGGGCUAUCGCUGCCCCCACCCCGACUGUGCCUACAUCGUGUGCAAUCCUGA